CCCCUUCCCUGCUUCUCCCAUGGACUCUCCCUGAAGCCCGCGGUGUGGGUGCCCAGCAGUUCCUCCGGGGCCAGGGUUAGAGAUGACGACACGGAAGGCCGUGACAGAGUCCCGUACAGCUUCUGAGUGGCUUGGAGCAAGUGCAGGCCCUCCCCACUCUCAGCCUGAGGCAGCAUGGUCUGUGGGGCACCAUGGGGCCAGACAGAGUGACAGCCCGAGAGCUGUGCGAGAACGACGACCUGGCCACCAGCCUGGUCCUGGACCCCUACCUGGGCUUCCGCACCCAUAAGAUGAAUGUCAGCCCUGUGCCCCCCCUGCGGCGACAGCACCACCUGCGCUCAGCGCUGGAGGCUUUCCUGAGGCAGCGGGACCUGGAAGCUGCAUACCGGGCCCUGACGCUGGGAGGCUGGAUGACCCACUACUUCCAGAGCCGGGGCCCGCGGCAGGAGGCUGCCCUCAAGACCCACAUCUAUCGCUACCUCCGUGCCUUCCUGCCUGAAAGCGGCUUUACCAUCCUGCCCUGUACCCGCUAUUCCAUGGAGAGGAAUGGAGCCAAGAUUGUGUCUACCCGAGCUUGGAAGAAGAACGAAAAGCUGGAGCUGCUGGUGGGCUGCAUCGCGGAGCUGCGGGAGGCCGACGAGGGGCUGCUGCGGGCGGGCGAGAACGACUUCAGCAUCAUGUACUCCACGCGCAAGCGCAGCGCCCAGCUGUGGCUCGGCCCCGCCGCCUUCAUCAACCACGACUGCAAACCCAACUGCAAGUUUGUGCCCGCAGAUGGGAACGCAGCCUGCGUGAAGGUGCUUCGGGAUAUUGAGCCAGGGGAUGAGGUUACCUGCUUCUACGGGGAAGGUUUUUUUGGUGAAAAGAACGAGCACUGUGAAUGCUACACCUGCGAGAGGAAAGGGGAAGGAGCUUUCCGCCUGAGGCCCCAGAAGCCCUUGCCGCCGCAGCCCCUGGACAAGUACCAGCUCCGGGAAACCAAGCGGAGGCUGCUGCAGAGCCUGGGCAGUCGGCUGAGCCCCUGGGCCUGUGCCCACCAGUCUCCUCUGCGCCAGGACCCGUUCUGCGCCACCUGCCAGCCCCUGCGCCUCCUGCCCUGUGGCACCCGCCCUGAUGCCUCUCCCCUCUGGGUCCAGUGGCUACCGCAGCCCCAGCUAUGGACACGACCCCGGAGGCGCCGUCGCCCCCAGCCCCGGCGGGCCCCCAUGCCCCCCAUUCUCCGUGCUGCCCGUGUCUCCCUGCACCGGUGGGGAGGCUGUGGCCCCCACUGCUGCCUGCAGGCGGAGGCCCUGGUCGCCCUGGGCUCUGUCCCCCGCACCCGCUGGACCCCCCAGCAGGACUGGCACUGGGCCCGGCGUUAUGGGCUGCCUUACGUGUUGCGUGUGGACCUGAGCCGGGCGGUCCCAGCCCCUCCUGCCACUCCCACCCCCAGCCCCACACCCACUGGGACACCAGGCUCUGUUCCUAUCCCCAAGCAGGCCCUCGCCUUUGUACCCUUCUCCCCACCCAAGCGCCUGCGGCUGGUGGUCAGCCACGGCUCCAUUGACCUAGAUGUGAAUGGUGACGGGCCGUGAUGGGCGGGACGGGGCACCCUGCUGGUUUCCCCAGCCCUGAAUUCUCGGGACUCACUGACCUCCAUAAGGAGCUCUUGGGCCUCUUAAGAGGGAGCUUACCCUUGACCCCAGCACAGCUCUGACCUGGGGGUGAGGUUGCUUUGGACACCCCCAGGGAUCGGACCCCUGACCCUUUGUGACUGCUGACCCCUGAGCCACCCCAACCCCAGCAGGGAGCCCUGGCCAUUGCUGCCCUCUGUCCCCCAGCCCCAGCCUCAGGACUGAAGAAGCCGUUCCCUUCCCCACCACCUUCUCCUGCCCAGGGAGUAAAGCCAUAAGGGGUGGGGGCCACCCCUGGCAUCUCCCCAGAAGCCCAGGCCUCUGGAGAAGGGGAACUGACUUGGGGGUAGCAGUUUCUGAAGACUGCCCCCUGGAGGGGAGUGUGUUAGCUCUCAGCUCUGCGACUGUCUGAGGUGGGGGGCAAGGUGGGGGGUGUCCAUGCAUCUUCACCACCCCUGUGGGUCUCAGGGAGGCCGGGUGUGACCUCAUCUUUCUCAUGGUGCUAUCCCUGGUGCUACUGGGGUGUGGGGGCUCCCUCCCCUCCCCCACACCAGAACGGGAUAUGUUGGGGGAUUGGAAGCACUUGAACUUUUUAUUUUAUUAAAACCUUGUUACAAGCUUCA